AUGAACUAUAAUAGUUUACUAUUCAUUUUUAUUGCACUUUUGUUUAGUGCAGUAACAAUUCAGUGUAAAGCAAAUGUGAUAAAAAAAAAGAAUCCAAUCAAAUCUUCUGAUUCAGUUAUUGGUGAUAUGGUGAAAGAAUUGAUUGAAAGAUCAAAAAAUACAGAUCAUGUUUUAAACAUAAAUCUCUCCAAUUUAUUUUUACUUCUGUUUUUGAAAUCUGUAGUAUUUGGAGCAAAUUAUAUUGGAAAUAACAACAAAAAUCCUCGCGAGCUUGAAGAAAAUAUUCUAUCAGACGAAGAAAUAGCUCUAGCAUUGGGUUAUCUCAUUGGUGAUACUUGUCUUCAACGAGUAGCCUGUGAAGCACCAGAAACAGCAAAAAAUUAUUUGGGUGCUCUUGAUAUGAUUGUUCAAACGAUGAAAUUAAUGUCACAUACACUCAAUUUCGAUGCCAAAUAUGAUAAAACAAUUGCAGAAUUACGUAAAGCAAUUGAAUAUGGAGAUAUGAAGCAGUGUCCACCGGAAUAUACUUGUAAGAAAGAAAACAUUAAAAACUUUCUACAACCCGGAUCACUCACUAGAGAUUUUGAGCGAUGGUGA